CCCUGUUCUGUAUGUUAUAUUGAAGGAGGGAUUUCCUGUUAAUCCUCUGUGCAUUCUUACGCUUCAUAUCUUACAGCAUCUUAGCAUUUUCUUUCUCAAAGGAGCAACAAUGUCUGAUGAGUAAUAUCCAGAACCCAUGCCCCCAAAGGCAGAGACAAAGCCCAAAUGUAAGAUUUCAGCAUCACGCAAGUUAUCUCUGAAGAUCCUUCUGCUGACUCGGGCAAUGGAGGAGCUGGAGGCAGAGAAGGUUGCUCGUGAGGACGAGAAGGUUCGUUAUCUGGGAGAGAAACUGCCUCCACUGCAGCUCGGGGGUUUAAACAUGGAAGACCUGCAGAAACUCUGCAAGCAGAUGCAUGAAAAGAUUGAAGUGGUGGAUGAGGAGCGGUAUGACUGUGAAGCCAAAGUGAUAAAGAACAUUAGAGAUAUCAAUGACUUGACACUAAAGGUGCGAGACCUUGGAGGGAAGUUUAAGAAACCGGCACUGAGGAAGGUGAGGGUUUCAGCAGACGAGAUGCUGAGAGCUUUGUUUGGAUCCAAAAAUAAGGGCUCUAUGGACCUAAGGGCCAACCUCAAGUCUGUGAAGAAAGAGGACAUCAAACAAGAGAAGGAGCUGACAAUGGAGGUGGGUGACUGGCGUAAGAACGUGGAGGCCAUGUCUGAUAUGAAGGGCAGGAAGAAGAUGUUUGAUGCUGCAGGUGGUGCCCAGUAGAAGA